AUGGACGUCUUGGUCCGCCACUACUUCCUCUAUGUCCACCCAUUUUGUCCCGUGCUUGACGAGGCCGUCUUCUGGAGAGAUUAUAAGCGAACUGGGGAUAGUGCGAGGCGUAUCCCAUUACUCCAGCUCCGGGCAAUGAUCUUUUCGGCUAGUUGUUUUGUACCAGCCGAUGUUGCGAUCCGCUGCGGUUACGACUCUCUACUGAACGCGCGCGAUGACCUAUACACCAAGGCCAAGGCGUUAUACGACAGCGGCCUAGAAAAUGACCCCAUGACGGCCUCAAGAGCCGCGCUACUACUCACAUUUUACUGCUCCGACUUUGACGUCGACGCAAACUCAGAGUGGCUCCGGCUUGCCAUCAGAGAAGCGCGAGCUGCACAAGCCUGCCAUCUUCAGUCCAAAGGACUCGCGAGCGACCCUGAUCAAACCGACUUUCGACGCCUCUGGUGGUCUUGCCUUAUUCGAGAUCGAACCUUGGCCCUUGGGAUGCGGCGUCCGCUCCAGAUCACCGGAGGGGACUCUUAUCCCCACAUGCUGACAACAGACGACGUGAGUGACGAAAUCUUCGGGUCCGUGGUCUACACGUAUGAAGUCAAGUCGGCGUUAUUCGAGCUGCUUACCAGCCUAUGCCACUUCGCCACGGCGGUUACGGAGUUGGCCACGAUCGCCUUCCCGCCAGCGGGCGAUGCGAGCUCUUGCAUAGAGAAUCCCUGUGCUGAACUCGACAAGCUGGGAUGUGCAAGAUCCGCACUGCUCCUCUGGGAGCUGGACUGGAUAUCUUACAUGGAGGGGAAAAACUCGAGCCUACACCCAUCUAUCCCCUUGUUCUCUAGCCUGCUCUCGAUACACUACCAGUCAGCUCGCGUAGCACUCUGCAACCGCACCUGUUUUGUCCUCAACGAGGUCAAUGACUACAGGGCCAGAUAUCGCCAGCAGCUGCAGCUCUGUCGGUCCGAACUCAUCGGGGCCGUUGCGUCUGUUGCUGCUCACGUUCGGCAGCUCAUGGUUAUUGAGGCGGUCGAUAAACUCCCUCUAAGCAUCGCCGCAUAUACGACAACCCCUUACAUCCUGCUCAGCAUUAAUUCACAGUCAAACGUCAAGCAAAGCCAAGAGCUACUACUCCUCUUUUCAGCAGUCAACCGAGCGCUCAGUACGAGGUACCACCUCAAAAGAGUAUCGGACCUCACAUCGCGCGCGCUCUGGCUAUCCAAGCUUCUUAAAGAGUCUUCUGAGGAGGAACGAUCGGAUAUCCCACGUCACAGCAACCUGUUUACCCUGUCGCUCAAGCAAUAUACCCAGCUCCUUCAGUAUAUCGACGGGUCCAUGUCGAUUCCGAGGGAUUCCGCUCGGGAGACUGAGGCUCUAUACGCGGCUGCUUCCUACAUUCCGAGGGGGCUUAGGGCGUAUGCUACGCCGGAGCCGGUUGGUGACACACUCACCCCGGUAUGGCUCGAGGCAAUGGGGAAUUUCUUCUUUGGGCCUGGGAAUGGGUUGGCUUUGUCGUUGUGCAGGUCACCCGGGGGAGAAGACGUGGAGACGCCGGUUGGGGCAAAAUGGGAUUUCAAUGAUAUGUUUAGAGUGAGUCUUCGGUUACCUUGGGAACUUGAGACUAGCCUCUCACCUGGGAAUGUCUGA